CGUAGCAGCUUCCUGGCAGCGGCAGCAGCUUGUCUCUUCUCCCAGUCUCACAGAAACACACACACACACACACACACACACACACACACACCCCCACACACACACACACACACACACACAGUAUCAGCAGCUCAUGUAGAACCACGUAGCACCAGCUUUGGAUUCUAACCACCGACGGCACCGGCCGGAGCGGCGAUGGACCUCUUUGAAUUCGACUUUUUCAGGGACUGGGAGCUGGAGCAGCCGUGUCAUCUUGAGACUGAGCGCAGUGCACUGAAGAGGAGAGAGUGGGAGAGGAGGAACCAGGAGGUCCAGCAAGAUGAAGACCUGUUCUCAACUGGAUUUAACCUCUUUGGAGAACCUUAUAAAACUAAUAAGGGUGAUGCGCUGGCCAAUCGAGUCCAGAACACCCUGGGCUCCUAUGAAGAAAUGAAAGACCUGUUAACCAGCCACUCCAACCAGAGCCACUUGGUGGGGAUUCCCAAAGGCACCGCCACAACCAACAACCAGCAGCAAGCGUCAAGCUCCUUAGCCACAGACAGAUUGGCCAUGGAAUCCCAGCUGUUUAACGAGGCCUUAAAAGGAGGAGUGGGUGGAGUUGGAGGAGCAGAGGGAAGUGGGGAAAAGAGGAUGGGAAGUGCUGCACCGUCUUCGUCGUCAGCCUCCAUGCAGCCGCCCGCUGUCACUACGUCAUUAUCAAAUGCGGCACCGGUCUCACAUCAGAAUUCAAAGUCGAGAAGCUCCAUGGAGUGGUCAAAGGGAGGCCAUGGACCAAUCACCCAAGAAACAAGCCUGGGUGUGGGGUCAGGACCAGGACAGAAUGGACAGGGGCAGGUCCCUGCAGCAGCUACAGCUGGCAGAGCCAAAAUGGCUCUUUUAGAGGAACAACAGAUGCAAAGGCACGAGGAGCUGUUUAGUACUCUUAAGGAUGAACUGGGUCUGAAAGAAGAAUCAAGCCCUUCUUCCUCAUCUUCGUCCUCUUCCUCCUCCUGUUCCUCUUCUAGAAGGCAUUUGUCCAAAGGCCAUCCCCUCCCAGAUGGUGGCAACUUUCGGUCCUCCACCGCAGACAGCUGCCACUUUAAGUCUUCCGCUACCGCAGAAAACGGUGGACUUUUCAAGUCCUCCCCAUUCGAAAAUGAAACAAGUUCUCACCUUUCUUUGUCCUCUUCCCCACUGGCUUCCACCUCAGUUCUGACAACUCCCACUCCUGGUCUGACCACUCCCACGUCUGGACUGACCACGCCCACUUUCCCACCUGGCUGCCUAUCAGGGAAGCCGAUUGCUAUUCAGCAGAAGCCUACAGCAUAUGUUCGACCAAUGGACGGCCAGGACCAGGCGCCAAGUGACUCCCCGCAGCUUAAACCCCCUCCAGUGGCCACAGAGGGGUUUGCCAACAGUCAAACAUACGGAGGAACCUCUGGAAAUGUAAAGAACAAACUGCCAAAGCUGAACCUCAGCCACACAGGAGAGGUCAGUCUGCCAAAUGACUCCAGCUGCGUUGAAGAGAUUUUGCGGGAGAUGACCCAUUCCUGGCCUCCUCCACUCACAGCCAUACACACUCCUGGGAAAGCUGAUCAGACCAAGUUCCCCAUCCCAAACAAGGAAACCCAGCAUGUGACCUCAGGCUACAACACCCAGAAGAGAUGUACUGUGCCAGCUAACAAGCCUGCUGCUAAACCACCAACUGCACCUCAGAAGUCGAUGCUGGAGGAUGACCUGAAGAUCAGCAGUGAUGAAGAAGAGGCUGAACAACACGUGUCUGACAAGACCAAAGCCAGAGGCGCAGCACUGAGUGGCGCGUCAGGGAGCAGCAGUGAAUCAGAGAGCAGCUCCGAGUCUGACACGGACGAAUCCGAAAGCAGCUCUAGUGACAGCGAUUAUAAUCAGGCCUCCCGCACAAACACACCAGAGCCAGAGCCCCCUUCUACUAACAAGUGGCAACUGGACAGCUGGUUGAACAAAGUCCAACCUCAGACCAAACCCCUGGUCCCUGCACAACAGGAGCAUCAUGGCACAGGCUCCUUCAGCCAGGAUCCACAGACAUUUUCUCCUGGGAAUGAAGCAGCAGGAGUGGGUACAGCUGCCAAGACCAAACCCUGUGGGUCCAACAGUACACCUGUUCCUGCUGCACCCGCAGUGGAGCACAAAGAUAACAGGACUAACUUCUGCCCGGGCAGGGAGAAAACCAAAGCCAAGCUCGGCCAAAAGGCCUCAGGGGAGGGUCAGAGGUCAAAGAUGAGACUGUCGCCAGGCAUGUUGUCAGGGCAGGAGGUUCCAGCCCCAAGAAGGAACACCACCGGGAAGAAACAGCCACGACGGGCAGAGAGGUCAAACAGCUUAGAGGAUAACCAGAACCAGCCAUGGAGCAGAGCCAACCAGCACAGCCCCGCAGCGAGAGAGAAGGACCUGUUCACUCCCCCUUCUCUGGAGCAUCAGAACGCCCCCAGGCCACGAGGGAAACCUCUCAGUGGGAAGACGGCCCCGAGAAAAGAGCCUCGCAGUGCUACUAGCUCGAACUCCAACACAGCCACUCCACCAGCAGCGCUACAGCAAACCCCUGUGCCUGUUCCUGCUGUCACUGUGAACCAGGAUAAAAGGAAACAUAGAGGUCCCAGCACCAAAAUCACACCAAAGUCCAGAGAAUUCAUCGAAACAGAUCCUUCUUCCUCUUCAUCAGAAUGCCAGUCGGAUGGAGAGGAAGCCACCAAAAUCCCCUCUCUGCUACCCCAGGCAACACGCUCUGCGGUUAACACACAGAUGCUGGCCAACACGCACGUCCACACGCCUCCCCUCCCAUGCCUUGGCUCUGCUGGAGGUGCAGGAAGUCUGGGAACAUUUGCAGGAACAGGACUUCGAGUCAAAGAUGGUGUCAGUGCAACCAGCAAAGGUAGCAGCAGUGCUAGUAACAACAACCUGCUGAGCAUCAGCAACAUAAGUGCUUCUUUUGGGAAUUCUGUUCCAGAUCCUGGAGAGUCCGGAGGACAGGGCAAGGAUGUGGAACCUGUGUCACCACCAUCAAACGUGGGACAUGAUGUGGCUCUGUCCCCUCUGAGAGAAUAUCAUGAGAUUCAGAGUUUGUGGGUGAAAAUUGACUUGAGCUUCCUCAGCAGGGUGCCGGGGCAGGCUAUGGGGGAAAGAUCCAGGAUGGGAACUGCAGAACAAGAUGGCAAUGCAGGGAGAGACAAAGAGAGGCUGAAGCUGAUGAAAGGGGAGAGACAAGAAGAAGAUAAUGAGCGUUUAGUGAAGGACACAGAAAGGCAAGGUGACAGAGACAGAUUAACAGAUAGGGAGAGACAGACAGACAGAGAGGACAGGGACAGAUUUGGAUUUGGGGAAAGAGAGAGGACUGUGGCAAGGGACAGAGAGAAGAUUAGCCAAGGUAUGGGAGUAUUGGACACCCCCCCUGGGCAGGAGCAGAGUAAUCCCAGGCUGGCGGGGAGGAUGGAAGGAGUGGAGAGCGGAGGUAAACACAGAAGGCAGGCAGCAACAAACAUGGUGGCUCCAACGGAAAAACAUAUCAGCAAGACCAAAAGGAAACACAAGUUGGGCCAAGGGGAAUCAUCAGUCAAGUGUAAUAAGAAGCUACGCCUGGACAAAGACUGCAUGCUCCUCCCACCAUGCAUCUCUCCAAUACACAACCACAAGAGCAGCUUGGCAGAUGGCUCUCUAAACAGGAAGCAGACCCGACGGCGGGAUGAGAAGCUGCUACCCCCCCUGUUGUCACCGCUCUCUGAUGAGCCCCCUCGCAAACGAGCCUGUGAAGGCGGACCCUCCCUCGCCGAGGAGGCCGGUGCUGUGGGGAUGCUGCCCUGCUCCGCGUCCUCUACUUCCUCAUCCUCCUCACACAGACACCGGAGAGGUGAAGGGAAGGCUGCAGCACAUGUGAGAAAUGGCAGUGACAUGGAUCUCCACUGCGAUAAACCCGGCGGAGGUGGUUGCCAUGCCAACGGCCACUCAGACUCCGAAGUGUGGUCCGAGGCUCAGACGGACCAGGCUGAACCACGGAGGCCAAGACUAUCAUUCAAUGACAUAGUCCACAGUGCAGAGUACUACAUGCAGGAAGCAAAGAGGCUGAAGCACAAGGCCGAUGCUAUGACGGACAAAUUCGGGAAAGCUGUGAACUACGCAGACGGCGCCCUCUCUUUCAUAGAGUGUGGGAACGCCAUGGAGCGAGAUCCGCUGGAGGCCAAAUCGCCAUAUACAAUGUACUCGGAGACCGUGGAGCUCAUCAGGUACGCCAUGAGGUUGAAGAACUUCACCAGCCAUUCGGCCACCAUCUUGGAGAAGAGGCUAGCUGUUCUGUGUAACCGCUGCCUGUCUCUGCUGUAUCUGAGGAUGUUCCAUCUGAAGAAAGACCACGCUGUCAAGUACUCACGCUCGCUCAUGGAAUACUUCAAGAAUUCGGCAAAGAGUUCCCAUCAAGCUCCCUCACCGUGGAGGACCAAUGGAAAGGUCAACGGGACUCCGUCACCCCUCUCACUCAGCCCCUCUCCUGCCAGCAGCGGAGGAGCGCCAGGAGGAGGUGCAUCAGGGUCAUCUGGUAGUGUGGCGAUUCCCCAACGGAUCCACCACAUGGCCGCCAGUCAUGUUAACAUCACCAACAACAUCCUGAGGAGCUAUGAGCACUGGGAGACGGCUGACAGACUGGCAGCCGACAGCAGAGGUAGGGCCACAGAGACGCACGACUCAACAGGACGACCCCGUCUUUACAGAUCAGACUUCUUCCAGAACCUGGACUCGGUGAUGGGGCCUUUGAGUCAGCAGAGCAGCAUGACUGAGCUGGUGCGCUAUAUCAGGCAGGGACUGCACUGGCUUCGCACAGAGGCUCAGCUGUUGUAAAGACUGAAGCAAAUCCCAAAUAAAAUGAAAAAAGGAAAACAAAUAAAAGAAAUGGGCCUGGGAACUAGAGCUGGGAUAACAGCUGAGAUGAGACCCAGAAGGAUGCUUCACUUCCCACAGCGAUCCCUCAAACGACCCAGCUAACCACAUGGUAUCUUAACAGUGUAGGUUGUCUGUUAAUUGGGCUGAAAUUCACCCGCAGUCAGAGCUGAGCAGGAACUGGGGCUGGAAACACAGAUUGACAUGUCAGACAUUAGGUGGAUGCUGCUUUUUAAAGCGCAUACAGCAGAGUCAGUGCAGGUAGCAACUUCUGAGGAGACACAGAAUACCCCCAAACCCUCCCUUUGGAUCUGAAUAGAAAAAUGAACAAAGACCGGAAGGUAUAAAGGGAUUUUUACUAAGAUUGGAUCAAUUUCUAGAAGAUAAGCGAGCAGCUGAUGUGAUUAAGGCAGCUAAAUAUGGCCAGAGAGCUCAACUGAGGCUCAUCAAGCCCAGCCGAGGAGCAGAAAUGUGUCAGUGAUUGGGUCUGGAUUUGAAGCCUCAGGCUGAUAUUGAUCCAGCUGGAAAAGUAGCAGUCCAAUCCAUCAGAUAAGGACCACACUGGUGAGGGAAAAGAGGCCACGCUGUGACCCCCGAGGCAGAAUCAAAGCAGGCUGAACUCAGUUCUCUACUUCUGUUUUAGUCCUCAGAGAGGGAUCUUCCGAAAAUGACGACACGUUGAAGCCGUAACCUGCCAGUGUUGUGUCCAGAAUGGAGGGAAAUGCUCUGUUCUGCCUGCACCAUGACUGCAGACAAAAUUCUUUAAAAACGUAGAUUCACUCCAGAUUUUUUUCUAAUAAUUAGUUAGCAAUUAUGUUACGAUGCCCAUUGGGUGCAAUAACUGUGACAAAUCCAUAAUUACAUAAGUGAAGUACAUGGAAAGAAGUAAAUGACACUGUUUUUUAAAUUAGGCUCCAUGCUCCUAAAUUCACAUUCACUUUAGAUAUGACCAACAUGUCAAUUUUGCCAUUUUGUUGUAAGUAAUUUAUUCAUUCAGCAGCCUAUGGGCGAGAGGUAGUGUACACCCUGGACAAGUCGGCAAUCCAUUGCAGGGGAACACAGAGACAUACAGGACAAACAACCAGGCACACACUCACUCACACCUAAGGGCAAUUUAUAGAGAGCCAUUAACCUAACAGUCAUGUUUUUGGACUGUGGGAGGAUACCAGAGUACCUGGUGAGAACCCAUGCAUGCACGGGGAGAACAUGCAGACUCCAUGCAGAAAGACGUCUGAUGACCUCUGUCCUCUGGUAACAUCACAUCAGGCAUAAGGCAACUCAUCAGGGUUCUUUUAUAUUUUUCUUUUAGCUUUUUCUUCUUAUUCUGACAUGUUUAUUUGUAUUUCUACUUUUGAUGUCUGCAACAGCAUCCCGCCUGAACCGGAUGUAGAUCACAGCAAGGAUUUUAGGAAGAUUUGAGAGCAAUAAAAUACACAGAAACGGUCUGAUAAAGCAAGGGCCCCGGCAUACUGGAAUGGCCAGAUUUCAUGAUUAUAGAUCUUAAACAAUCAUUUCGAGCCAUGUUUAUGCGUUCAAUUAAGAUUGUUUUUGAAGUCCCAUCAACAUUUCCUGGGAAACUGCUGCACCACCCACUACUUCCACCAAAAACAUCUGCCUGGCAGGCAGAUCUCAGUGUUCAGUUAGCUCCACCAUGCAUGUAGAGUGAAAACAAAUCCUCUAACUCUACAGUCAGCAAGAGCAAAGUUGUUGGGUGAGCUACAGCAGUCAGUUCAGACUGCACUAAAUAUGCCCCCAACUGAAUUUGCAAGUGGCAAAUAUGAACAGGAACCAAUCAGAUAGAAACAUUUUAUUUAAAACGUAAAAUACAUUCACCUGUCAAGUUCUGAUGAUUAUCGUUGUCUUCUUCACCGUUUGUUCCGGCUUCCCCCAUCCACAGCAGUAUCCAUCGUGGUUUGGAGUCAUCAGUCAAACCUGUUAGGAGUCAAACAUGUUAAGUCGAACCCCUUGCAACUUAAAUGCGUCAUAAAAUAUGUCCAAAUCUGUCAAAUGUCGCUGCUCUGCCAUAGUUUUUACUAUUGCAAGGCGACUGGCUCGAUUAUUGUGCCUCUUGUGAUGUCAUCUACAAAAAUAAACAAAAAGCUAAAUUAGCAGUGUUUUUUUCUUCGGGGCACUUUUAAAAAACAUUGCAUUUUGUGAAAUCCUGCAGUGGAAAUCCCAUUUCAUUACCCAGUUGUAGUUUUAUUGUCAGUGUAAAUUGUUUUAUGACAAAAUAAUUUCCCACCAGAUAGUAUCUUUAAACAAUUGUGGGGCUGAAGAUUUGUGUUGCAUGGUAACAAAGAAUUAAAACAGACAAAACACCACUAUACCGAUGACAUGAAAUGAGCUUUCAGGCAAAACAACGUGUAAAAUGUGGUAUAUGUCACUGCUGUUGCAAAUUAGGUUGUACUUUUUUUAGCUGUGGCUAGAGGACAUAUUCUCACAUCAUUGUUCAAAAACCUAGAGCGUAGCAUACAGAUUUUUUUCAUGACAUAAGUGGAUACUGAGACAUAUAGCCUUUUUGCCUGUUGGUCACAAGGAACCAACAGUGUAAUUAAUUUCCAGUGGCCCCCUAAACAAAACUGAUGCCUUCCACUUCUCUUGUCAUCAUGAUACAAUGCAAUGAUAAAAUCAUAUUCUUCAUUUAAUGGCAGAAACGUUCUAUAUUUUACUCUGAUCUCUAAAAUACAGUUCAUAGUAGUGAACAAGAUAAUAAAUGUAAGCAGACAUGUUAGUUUACCAGAUCAGGUUGGAACAGAGUCAUUUUAUACAUGAAACAAGCUGGUUCCAGGUGAAAAGGAAGUUUAGAGAGCACAAGCUCUCUGUUUUACUUUCCCUCAAAAAUGAGGGCUUGCUUCCCCUAAACACAUCUCUUGCUGGUUAUGGGCUUUUUGUGAAAUUUCUGCUCAGUUCUAGUUCCCAUAGUAACCCACCCACUAAGGUGUCAAACACUUACAAAAGGGGGGUGGGACACUACAAGACUUGAUAUGAUUGGGCUCCAAUUAAGCACCCAUCUUAGUGCAGUGCAAGUGAACGAGGAAUAUCUUACGUCUGCUCCUCUGCACCCUGAUGUCAAAGCAAAUCUGCAACUUUGUACAGCACUUAAUGAGAUCAUAUCAUCUGUUGGAUCAUCUUCUAGUCGUUUCCCAACAUUUGUUGUGUUGUGUUGUUGGUGUGUAUACGUGUACAGCUGGUUGUCAAGUCUAUCUAAAUCGUUGCUGAACAAUAAUGAUGUUUGUGUAAUAUACUGUACAGAUUGUGACACCUGGAAACAGUGUAUUUGGGGUUUUGUUAUUUUUUAAUGUCUUGUGAAUGAAUCAAUGUGAAAGAAUGGAUAUGAGUGUGGGUCAUAUAUGUGUACGUGUCCAUGCACAGGCUAUGGCUGCAUUUACACAGCACCAAAACCUAAGUGAUUUUUAACUCUUUGUGGUACAUUUUAAUGAAGAGUCCCCAAUGUUUCUAUGUGAUUUCUCCUCUGUUGCUUAUUGUGCUACAAAUGCUUAGAAGCUACUUGUAAGGCUUUCUGUAAAUCCAGCACAUCCAGCAUGAGUUUCAGAAGUUUGGGAUCAUUUACCAUGCUUGAAUGUGCGUGAAAGGACGAGGUGGAUGUGGGAAGUAAUUUUUACUUUAACAUGAAAAAAGAAAGAAAGAAACUCAAGUGCCUCUAUUUGUGUCCAGUUGGAAUUGCUCUAUUUAUUUAAAAACAAAGAAUGAAUCUAAAUAAUUUUCCAUACCAUAUUGGUAUAAAUAUGAGAUUUUUUUUCUCGUAAAAUCAGAUGUCUCCAUAAGCUUUUUUACUGGCAUUAUGAUGACACUAGGGUUUGGCUUUAAGAUGGGAAAAAAAAGCGUGUGAUUAAACGUAUUGAAUUAGCAUCCGUUGCUGUAUUUUGUUUUCUUAAUGAUUUGACGAAGUUUCAGUUUUGUCUGAAAUGCCUGAAACUUAAUUGCAAAAUCAUUGCAUGCAAUAAAUGAUAGCCUCAGACCAACAAUUGCUUGUGUCCAUUUGAGGAAAGAUAAAAAGAAAAACAGUCUAUUUUGUGUUGUGUAAUUCACUGAAUGUGUGAAAGUUUUACAUCAGGCGAACCUAGCUGCAUUGAAUGUACAUCACUAAUGGUGGCUGUUUGGAGAUUCAAGAACAACUUAAAACACUUAAAGAGGCGUAGAAAUACUAUUUCUGCCUUUGUUGGUGGUAAAAUGACUAACAUGACCCUCACAGGUGUAGAUUUGAUAAAAAGCUGGAAUAGUUUGCUUAGUUUAGGUAGUUAGUGAAGCUAGCUGUUCUGAUUCUGGACAAAUCUUUUAAAAAUCCAAAAAACACAAUGUUGGAGCUUGUUUCAAACCCCAAAAAGACCUAAUACCUAUUUCUGUAGUUUAAAAAUAAGUAUUGAAUUAUUUUUGUGCCUUUUUAGUAUUCCUUAACUUUUACCCAAGUUUCAUUUGAAAUUCCUGUGCUUCUAAGGCCAACCCAUAAGACUGAGAAUUAUGUUCUCUCUCUCAUUGCUGCACGAAAAGAAUGACUUCAUUCUGUUGACACAGCCAUGGUUUGAAGGUUCUCACAGCUUUUUCUUGAUACAUCGUGGAGGUAGAAUUUUGUUCUAAUGCGGUUGUGUGACUGGUUGCAAGUUUGUAGUGGACAUGGUUAAUGCAGAAAACAACAAAAAACAAAGAAAUUUAUUGGUUCUUCUGGGGUAUUAGCAGACUGUUAGAAUAUUUAUGGCAUCAGAAAGACAAGCAGUCUGAAUCUCCAUACUCAUUGACUUUACUAAAGACAGCAAAAUAUUUUCAGUGGCACCAAUUUAAAAAUGUAUGGUUUCUGAACAGAAGCUGAUAGUGACAGAACCAGGCAAGCUUUUUGCUGUCUUUAUGCUAAAUGUCAGCUAAUUCUAAAGCUAAGCUAAUCAGCUGUUUAUGCUAACGUGAGCUACUUAUGCAAAGCUAAAACAUGCCAAGCUAAGAUAAAUAUGUGUUACUGAGCUGAAAUUCGACUUUUCAAGUCAGAAAAGUAAACAGGAAUGCUUCCGCAAACCUCAAGUUUUUUAUUGACCCAAAUUUCAAAAUCCAACAUGGCUACCACACAUGCAACAAAAAAGUGUGGUUUUCACUUCUAUCAGUUUCUGUCCAAUUUAAUUGUCUGCAUCUCAUAGUACUCUGCAUCAUCAUGUAGUGAAUGAGCUGCUACAGUGUUUGAAUGCAGAAAAUCAGAAAAUGGUGUUAAAAUUUGGUGUUAAUAGCUAACUGCAAUUAGCCUAGUUACAAAACGAUUCCGAACCCCCAAAAAACUUCAAACUUGCAACUAGGCACAGUUAAGUUGGGAGUGACAUGAUUCCUACUUCCAUGAUAAUGUAAAACAAAAAAAGCUAAGCUAAGCAACUACUUUGCAUAGUAAAGCAGACCACUCAUUCCAGUACAUCUACAGUAUGGGAUCUGUAUGAAUAUAAUAAUUCUAUUUUCCAAGGUGUUCUAAAAAAAGUGUUUCAACUAUUUCUAAAAAGGGAUGUUUAUUUAAAAAUAUGAAAAUGUUCGCUAAAGAACAGUUUGGAUGAUAAAAUUCCAUUUCCUGUUUAAAAUCAUUUUUUAAUAACUUAUGUGCUAAGACAGAAAUUCGGAGCGCUCCCGUUAGCCAGACAACAUAUAAAAAAUAUUUCUAUUAGAUGUCACCUGUCACAUCAGUAAAUUAUCCAAAUUGACUCAGUCUAGUUUAAUAAUCUUUGGUUUAGUUAUGUGGAAAAAUGUAUUUUUGUUCAUUUCAUAUGUUGUUCAUCUUGGGUAUGCAGAGAAAGAACAAGUUCACAAAUUUUGCACUGGCGCCUGAAGAGAACAUUGCUACUAUUAAACGCUUGUAUCGUAGCACAAUUGAUAAAUGUUAAACUAAAUCAACAAAUCAUUUUUACGUAAUGCAAUGUGAAUAUGUGUGUGUUCUCUAAAACGUUUUAAAAACAGACUUGCUCCGCUUGCCCUGUUGUACUGCUGGGAUCUCAUUACAGAUCUCAUUAGUUCCUGUUGCAUUAUCACAGUUGUCAACGUAUUUAUGAAAGGCAGUAAUAACAAGAAAACAAUUGAAUGUUUAAUGUUUGUUGUUAGCAGAUGGUGUCAAGCCAAUAAUACUUUGAUCAUCUCUCCAGCAAUGACAACUUUCUCUGGAAGUAGUUUGCAUUUCAUUAAAUCACAAAUAAAGCAAACAAAGAAGAUUCCACAAAUAACUCCAAACAGUGAAUAAACUGAAUUGUGCUCUCACUCAGUAGCCUGCGGUUCAUCACAUUUUGGUUAGGUUCCCAUGAUGUAAGGAAAUAUUGUUGUUACUCAGGGACAGCUGAGUAAUUUAAAUUGAUAACCAAAAACAAACAUGUGGUUCCAGAGUCAAAGGAGUCAGAGCACGACACACACAUAGCACGUUGUUGUAAAAAGAAAGGUUCAAUUCAUACUGUGACGUUUUAGUGAACAUAAAGUUCAAUAUUUUACGAUUUAUCAGGAUAAAUAAAUACAGAAUUGCUCAACUUUCAUAUAAUCAAGGUGUUGCAGUCUGAUCCCUUUUUGGACCAUAUGACCGAUCAAACCAAAAUAACUGUAAACAACCUUGCUCUGAUAAAUAUUUAUAGGAGUUAUAAAAUCACAUUUCUAUACAAUAGACUAUGAGUAGAUUAUAGAAAAUUACGUUAAAACAUCUGUUUUUGAAAGGGGAACAAACCAACCCCUAUACUGAAGACGUGCAGCUAGCUUUUAGCAUUCCUGAAUCAAAGCUCACAUUUUGUUCCCACCAGUCAGGUAAUGGUUUGGCCCUUAGUCAACAGUUUUUCUAUGCAUUUUUCACAUCAGUAAAUAAUUGGUCCCUUAUAUGUUACAGUGUAAAGGGAAUCUUCAAAAUUCUUCAUUUGGAUUCCAGGCAAAUAAAACUAUUCUAGCAUUUAUUGUGUGAAUUACUUCAUGUAGCAUGUUGGGGUGCUUUUUUUAUUUGGCUAUUAAAUUAUGCUAAUAAUAUUUUGUCCCUCAUCAAAUAGACCCAUUUUUUAUUUUAAAUUGUAUUUGUCACAGUAAAAUGAAUUUACAACAGUUCAUAAUAUCAAAAUAACUUUUAUAAGGUGGUUUUAGAUUUACAAUUUCAAAAUCAAACAACAUUUGAGAUUUAAAAUAAAAGUUGCUUAAAUGUUUUUGUUUCCAGUUUAUGUGCCAUAUACUAUAGCAUACAGCAGAUUUUAUGGCCAAACUAAUGAACGAGCCAUGCACAAACAAUAUAUAGUUGCACUAAAUGCAACCCAAACUGAUAUGACAUCUAAUGGUUUACUCAUACAUGAACAGAGUUCAUAUCUGGCUUAACUUGAAUAUUCCAGAUCAGCCAUCAGUGUUUUUACAGCAGCAGCAGAAGCAGCAUGGUGACUCUGAUCCAGCCAUGUCUAUGAGUGGAUUCUAUCAAAAACACUGGCUAAACAAAAAAAGAGCUGUGCAGAACACUGCUGAGAGCACAUCUGUCCAACAUGGUUUGUGUUGUAUCUUCAAAUGUGUUGCACAACCUCCACUGUUUUUCUUUUUCUACCAGUGCUAUCUUUAGGGCCUUUUUUUCUAUGGUUCUUUUUUAUAAUGAAGUUGUUCUAUGUGAUGAUGAUCAAAAAGUUGUGAUGCAGUUCCAUUGUUUUUAAAUAUUUAAUGUCUCUGAAAUAUGGAUUAAAACCUGUUUGAACCAGUGA